AUGCCUACCCCACCACAGCCAAUCCUGGGCCUAGAGCGCGUCGGCACCAGCAUGUCGCGUUCAUUCGGCCAAUCUGCACCAAUAGCUCAAGCUUCCCUCGCUCGUGACAUAGAAGAGUACUCCGAUUCAGAAGCUGCUGAGAGUGACUCGGACUCAGAGGAUGAUUACGAGAAUGGGCCGCUCUCGUCCACCUCGGCACCAGGUGCAACACAUUCAUUCGUGGGGUCUUACAGACGACCAAGCUUCUCGGCUGCUGGCAGCAGAGCAGCGUUGCUACCACGCGCUUCAUGGAGAGAAGACAGGCUUUCGAGGCAAGAGCGGCAACGCGCACUAGAAGAGGAGCGCAGCUUGCUGCGCGAUAAUGACAUUAUCCCAGCGAAGCACCCGCGGACAGGCGAAGACCGCAGACGAAGCAUAUUUGGCAUUCCUGGCGGCAACAAGCAAGUACCUCCAGACGAAGCUGCUGGUGAUCCAGCGACCGAGACUGCCGCGCUUCUCCCCGAUCCGAACCUUGAGUAUGGCGGUCUAGGUGAUCCAGAAAACAUAAGCAAGCGUUGGGAGGAGGCAGUGACGAGUGGCAAGAUUCAGACUACCUGGCAGCGAGAGGCGAAGGUCAUCAGCAGAUAUGCGCUCCCUCUCAUGAUCACAUUUGUGCUACAAUACUCUCUGACAGUCGCUUCUGUCUUCACUGUUGGACACAUUGGUGUUGCCGAGCUUGGUGCGGUGUCACUGGCAUCAAUGACAGCAAAUAUCACGGGAUAUGCCAUCUAUCAAGGUCUGGCGACAUCUCUGGAUACGCUGUGUGCUCAGGCGUAUGGCUCGGGCCGGAAGAAGCUCGUUGGACUGCAAAUGCAAAGGAUGGUAUGGUUUCUGUGGGCCAUCACGAUUCCUAUCGCUGUUAUAUGGUUAUUAGCCGACGAGAUUUUGUCGGCCCUGGUUCCGGAGAAGGAAGUUGCUCAUCUUGCAGGUCUUUACCUCAGAGUUGUCCUCGCUGGAGCACCUGGAUAUGCUGCGUUCGAGGCUGGCAAACGCUUUUGCCAAGCCCAGGGCCUGUUUUCAGCAUCUCUCUGGGUGUUGAUAUUCUGCGCUCCCUUCAACGCUUUCUUGAACUGGCUCUUCGUCUGGCAUCUGGCUGGGGAUUUGUUGGUGCUCCUAUCGCCGUAG